AUGAAGAGUGUGAAGGAAAUUAAAAAGUUUAAUAAAUUAAUUACAAAGAAAGAAAUAGUUAAAGUGUUGCACAAAAGUUGUACGAAGAAAAGAACAUCUGCAUCAAAUUAUAAAGGUGCAAAACAUGUCUUGCCUUCUCUUGAACUCAAUGAGGAACAAAGAAACAUUUUAGGCUCUUUAAGUACCCCAAGUGUCUCAAGUAUUUCAAGUGACUCAAGUACUUCAAGUACCUCAAAUGUUGCAACUGUAGAUUCUUAUUCAGUUGAACCUCAUUCAGAUGAACUUCAUUUAAACAAACCUUAUUUAGACGAAACCUGCUUAGAUACAUUAGAUGAUAACAAUAUUUUAUCUGAUCCAGAUUUGACUUUUCUUCGACUAUUGGAAGAUGCUAUUAGUCAAACCAUUUAUGGUUUAAUUGAAAAGGUUAAAUACCCAAGUGAUAAACGUUUAAUGCAAGUGUGUUAUGAUGCAUUGUUAGACAUGAAAGGGGAGGAAUUUAUAAACAAAAUUAAACAUAGUAGUUGGAAACAUUUUUUCAAUAAGCAUAUUCAUACUCCAGCUCAGAAAUUCUGUCACCAGGGAAGAAGUAAUAUUGUCCAGCAUAUUAAAGAUUCAAUUCAUGUUGAAUUUAAGAGACUCAUAAAGCUGAAAAGAGAAAACCAUCAAGUAACCCAUGAUGAAGAACAGAGAUUCAAAUAUUUAAAAAUCACACAAGAAUGUUAUUCAAAAUUAAAUAGCCCUGUUGAUGUUAAUGAUAACCCAAAUUAUACAUAUCUUAACUUCAUACUUGAUCAUGCAUUUCCAGAUCCAAAGAUGGAAAAAAAUUCUAUUGCAUUUGGGAUGACCGUUGUAUUUAACUAUCUUAACUCUACAAAAGAGAUUAUCAUAGUUCCAAGUAAGAUUGUUGAAAAAAUAAAUUAUUGUUUUAAAAAGAUGAAUGUUUCAGAUCGUGAGAGUUGUGAAUGA